AUGCACCUUGGUGUGCAUGCACAUUUGCAAUGUAAAUGCACCGGGACAAAAAGGUUUGGUGCAAGAAUCUCCGCAGAUCGCGAACCACCUGGAAUGCUACAAGUAUGGUUCGGUGCAAAAAUCUUUGCAGAUUGCAAAGUUAGUUUCUCGGGCUAUAUUGUAGCCACCUGGAAUGCUACAGGUGUGUUGUACUGUAAAUGCACCGGGAAAAAAGGUUUGGUGUGGACAUCUCCGCAGAUUGCAAAGUUAUUUUCAGGCUACAACUCAGUCCCAAGUCAUGCCACAGAGAUCUUCAGUAUAUCAUUGGGAUUGGCCAAAGCUGAUGGAUACAACUAUAUGGUAAUCAAGGGGGAGGGCGUCCCGCCGGCGUGCCCGGAGCCCGGAGCCUAUAGUUCCGGGAUGCCCAAUAUUCAAACUCUGCGCAAAAGAACGCUAUGGCGGAGUUUUAGUCAAGUGGAACUAAAAACUCCGCCCACACUAGGACUAUAG